AUGCCCACUGCACUAACCCCCUUCCUGAAGGGACAGUGUGAGGCUCUGCUCCUGUUAAUGAUGUACCAUGAACACAUCACUGUCCGUGGCCCAGCUGCGGGGCGCGCCGCGGGGCUGCGGGUAACUGACGCCAGUCGCUCACUGCGGCUGCAGCGCGCAGAACCUGGGCGCCGAGAGAGGCUUGGCCCCGCGUGGGGUCGAGCCGGCGCGGCUGCCGCCGGGGAGCGUGAAGCGCGGGGCCACACACGCAGGGCCCAACUCAUUAGGCCAGGCCUACGGUCCUGCUCGCGCGUGGAGGAGGAGGCAGCCGCGGCGGCGGCUGUUUUCCUAGAGAAAGAGAGCUUCGCUCUGUCCUUCUCUUCUGCCUCUGAUGCAGAAUUUGAUGCUGUGGUUGGAUAUUUAGAGGACAUUAUCAUGGAUGAUGAGUUCCAGUUAUUACAGAGGAAUUUCAUGGACAAGUACUACCAGGAGUUUGAAGACACAGAAGAGAAUAAACUCACCUACACACCUAUUUUUAACGAAUAUAUUUCUUUGGUAGAAAAGUAUAUUGAAGAACAGCUGCUGGAGCGGAUUCCUGGAUUUAACAUGGCACCUUUCACCACAACUUCGCAGCACCAUAACGAUGAAGUGGCUGGUGACAUAUUUGACAUGCUGCUCACGUUCACAGAUUUUCUGGCUUUUAAGGAAAUGUUUCUGGACUACAGAGCAGAAAAAGAAGGCCGGGGACUGGAUUUAAGCAGUGGUUUGGUGGUGACUUCAUUGUGCAAAUCAUCCCCUGUGCCAGCUUCCCAGAAUGAUCUGCGGCACUAGGUCCUACCACCAGGCAACGAUAUCUUUCUGGACGUCGCCAGCCCCAUAGACUGGAAGAGGCUUUGGCUAUGCGACAGAAUACAUCUUGGAAAGACUGGCUGUGUUCCACAACUCUUCACUGACGUUAAGUAUUGGUGGGUCAGAAGACAGUCUUCUGACCCUCCUAGGCCCCUGAAGCACCUUGUGUUCAGUAAUCCUAGCACUCCUCCCCAAGUAGGCCCCUCUCUCUGGCCUGAGUCAGGCUCCUCUGGAGCAAGCCUGAGGCCCGCAUUCCCCCAGGGACCCCUUCCCCAGCAUAAAUGUUGGUAAGUCAGCAGCAUUUGGAAGAACCCACCAGCUCCAGCCCUC